AUCAAUAUGCCCCUUUCAGACAUAGACAAAUCUAUAAAAAAUAAAACCCAACUCCAAAGUAUUUUCUGAAUGACUUCAAAUGAUUUGGGGAUUUGUCAUUUCCAGACUCUAAUGAUUUCAUCUUCUCUACAUGUGAGGAGAAGACCAGCCACCCACAAGGACAGGAAACCGCAGCACUUUGCAAAGCACUGAUCUUGGUGCUCAAUGGAGAGCUUCAUACACUAAUCGGGGACUUCUGAAGGACUCCACAAUGGGACAAAAGGAGUUGAGAGAUACUCCCUUGUUAUAUGUGCUCUCUAAGCUUGAAUGCACUUUCCUUAAGAUUUUUUACAUACUUAUAGGAUCAAAUGUCCCAGACCACAGGUUCUGAUAGGUGAGCUUUCAUUUGAGUAAUCCUGAAAUUAGGUCUCCAUGUCACUUCCCAGCCAAGCUAAGAAGCAACACUUUUCCUAGAAUUAUUCUCUCUGUGUGUUCCUUUGCCUCUUUGUCUCUCUCUCUCUUUUGAUGUCAUUAUCUCAAUUCUCAUAGUUCUUGAUCUCUGGCUAUGGACUACCCUUUCCUCCUGGAUACUUUCUUCUGUCUAGGUUUUCAUGGCACUACUGUCUCCUGGUUCUCUUCCCACCUGUAUAAUUGCUCUUUUCCCAGUCUGCUUUGCUGGAUCUACAACCACAUCAUAAUUACUAAUCAUGAAUAUUACCAAGAUUCUGUCCUAGAUUUUCUCCUCAUUUGUGUUCUAUCCUAUAUCACUUGAUCAUCCCAUCAGCUCUCGUGGAGUGAAUGAUCUCCAUCCAUAUUCUUUAUAACACAGACAUUUACUAUUUGAAGGUUCCUCCAAGCUCUGACACUCUAAGUCCUGAUAUCUCUCCUUCCUAUGAAAAUUUCCCAAGCUUCCUCUCAGCUUUCAGUAUCUAAAGUCCAAGUUGUGGCUAGUCCCAUGGCAGCCAGGUCCAUGUCAGAGAACUGCUCCAGGCAAACAAGGCAGCCAACCUCUCCAUUUUGGAUUCAGGUAGCCUUGAUCUUGAGCUCCAUCCCUGGACUAUUCUUGAGCUUUUGUGGCCUGUGGUCACUCAUUCCUUUCUCUCUUCAUCUUUUACUUCUCCUUCUCCCUGACUCUGGGCAGGCACAGCUUGGACAUUCUCUCCCUUAUCUGCUUCCCAAUUUUUCCAAUCUGUACAGGCAGAACAAAAGCCUAAUCCAAUUCCCCCCUGACCUUAUAAUGGACAAUGUAAGUCCUGCAUGGCGUCCCUGGGAGCUUGAGCUACAAGGUGACCUAGCGAGCCACACUAGAAGAUAUUGAAGGUUCCUCUUGCUAGUCUCAAGACAACAAUUCAUUUCUUGCACAAUUUUGCAGAGUGACAUGUUCAUGUGCAUUUCCUCCUCCAGCUUCCCCUUUGCUCUUCAUCUUGGUUGCUGCUUGGCUAUAAGGAGCCAUGGGCUCAGGGGUAUGACACAGAAGUUCUAGCCAGAGCUAGAUUAGCGAUGCUGCUGCUGCUGCUGCUCUUGAUGUUCCAGAUCCUGGGGGAAUCUCUGUCCCAGGACACAGGCUAUGAGCUCAAUGCUACAACAUCAGUGACUGUGCAGGAGGGACUGUGCAUCCAGAUCCCCUGUUCUUUCUCCUACCCUUUUGAAACCAUACAUAGCGGACAGCCAGCUUAUGGAUUCUGGUUCAGGGAUGGAGCCAAAAUUUAUGAAGACAAACUAGUGGUGACAAAUCACCCAAGACGGGAGGUGCAGGAGGAGGCCAGGGGGCGAUUCCAGCUUGUUGGGGACCCCAAGGAGAACAACUGUUCCCUGAGCAUCAUGGAGGUCCAGAAAAGGGACAGCGGGCUAUACUUCUUCCGGAUCGAGAGAGGCUCAAUUAGAUACAGUUACAGGGCAUUCAUGGUUAAUGUGACAGUCAAAGCUCUGACACAGAAGCCAGAAAUCUACUUUUCGGACCCUUUGGAGCCUGGACAGCUGGUGAAAGUGAUUUGUGUGGCCCCCUCAGAAUGUGUGUUGCAGACACCUCCUCUUUUUUCCUGGACAGGAGCUAUCCUCUCCUCUCAGGAAUUCAACAGGACAACCCUCUAUUUUUCUGAGAUGACCCUCAUCCCAAGACCCCAAGAUCAUGGUUCUAAUCUCACCUGUCGGGUGACCCUCCCUAGGGUCAGAGUAAGCAUAGAGAGAACUGUUUAUCUCCAGGUUGUUGAGAGAAAUGGUAUCCUCACAUUCUCCAAAGGAAUACUUUUGGGAGCUGGGAUCAUGGCCUUUCUUGCCCUAUGUCUCAUUCUGGCACUUGUGAAGUACCUGAGGAAGAAGCAGGGGGGGAUCUUGGAUUCCCAGCACAACCAAGAUGCAGAUCAUAGUAAUGAAACAAGCAGUCAAAGGGUCCCUUUGGAUCAAUGCAGAGGUUCCACGUUAUCCCUGCCUAGUCCAGCCAUCCAAACAGCUUCAGAGGAGAUUCACUAUGCAUCUCUGAACUUCAGAAAAACCAACCCUUGAAAUUAUCUGGGAAGAGGAACCCAGAAAGCUAGGAUGCCCAAGGCCAGUACUCAGAGAUUGUUUCAAUAAAGAAGCAUUUGAAGUUCUAGAGUGGGAUGGGAAGUCAAAAAAGGAGGAUACACUCUAAUUCUGUUUGUGGAAGGAGCUCACUCUGUCUGGCGUCAGCUCCUCAUGGCCUUCCCUCAUCUGCCCUAUGACACAGAGAUAACCUAACAACAAAGUCUUUGGACAGCCCAACUCCAAAAGGCAAAGGGUGGGCUAUGAUGUAUUCUCCAAGAAGUCAUGUCCUAUUCUUUCCAGGGCACUUGUUCAGAAGACAAAAUCCUUGUUGUCUGAGUCAGAGCAUAGACUGUCAGGACUGGGAGUUCUCUUGCAUAGCACAUUUACUGGUGCUACCAUCCCAACUCCCACUUGCACUGAUUUGGGUCCCCAACCCUGGCUAUCCAUCUUCUUAUAUACCUGAAGUAUUGGGGUCAUUUUCUUUUCCUUCCUCCACCCUCCUCUCUCUCUCUCUCUCUCUCUCUCUCUCUCUCUCUCUCUCUCUCUCUCUCUCUCUCUCUCUCUCUCUCUCUCGCUUUCCUUCCCUCCUUUUCCAUCUCCUUCUCUUCCUUUCUUCCUUUCCAGUACAAUUGUAUUUCAUCAUAUUCAUAUACCACAACUUAUUCAGUCAUUCCUCAAGUGACAUCCCCUCAGGUUCCAAUUCUUUGCCUCCAUAAAAAGUUCCAUAAGUA